AUGGCGUCUGACUAUGAGAAGUACGAUGGUGCGCUGUUGGGUAUUUUACAAAAUGAAGGCAAAGUCGCUCCUUUUCUCGAUGUUAUCCUUGGAUUUCUUUACAGAAGGACUGACUUUUUUAGAGUAAUGAAAACCGAAACAGACAAGCUGGGAUUUCCACCAGGUAUCGCCCACAAGCUUCUGGAAAAUAUUUUUAGAAAAUAUGAAGCCCUAGCAUUGGCUGAUGCAAAGAGGGUAGAAGAAAUGAAGAAAGCCAGAGAAAAAGAAGCUAGAGAGAAAGAAGAAGAACAGCAGAGGGCCUCUGCUCAGAUGGCUGUGGAGGAAAAGCCUAUUUCAACAUCAGAUGCAGCACACAGCAGCAGUUUUGAUGAGAAAGAUAAAGCAGACACAGACAAGUCGCAAAGUCCUGCGGAAGAAGCCAGAAUGGACAUAGAUGGCGGGGAAACUGUCCACAACAGCAUAGAACAGACAACUCCGGCAGCUCAACCAGCUGCUGCCUCAAAUCCUGGCGAAGAUGAGGAUGAGAAGAAUGAGGACCCAGAACAAGCAAGGCAAAGACGAGCUCUACAGGCAAAUCCUAUGACAUAUAACGGCGCAGAUCGGGAUGCAUAUUGCUGGUCUCAGACAAUCACAGAAACAGAUCUUCGAGUGAAGGUUCCCAAGUCUGUUGUCAAGGGAAAGCAGGUUAAAGUGGACAUUCAGAAGAAGCACAUCCGAGUCAGUGCAUUGACUGAUGAUGGAUCUUGGUCGAAUCUAGUUGACGGUGACUUGUCCUGGGAGGUCAAUACAGAGGAGUCUAUGUGGACAUUGAUCCCUGGCGAGUUUGUGCAUAUCAACCUUGAGAAGAAGCAAGAAAGAUGGUGGGAGCAUGUGUUUGUGGAUGAGCCUAAAAUUAACACCAGAAAAAUUGACUGCAGCCGCCCAAUGACAGAUCUUGACGAUGAGGCUCAAGCAAAGAUAGAGGAGAUGCUGUUUAACCAAAGACAGAAGCAAUUGGGGCUUCCUCAAUCACAUGAAGCAAAAACACAUGAUAUGCUAAGGAAAGCAUGGGAUGCCGAAGGAUCACCAUUCAAAGGCCAGCCAUUUGACCCAAGUCGUUUCAGUGUCGAUCCUGGUGGGGCCAUCACUUUUAAAGACUCGUGA